UACACACACACACGUCCGAUGCGACGCCUUCGGUAUUCGCCGCGCGUCGCCAAUAUACGCGAUAGUCUUCGGCGAUAAGGCGCCGCGCGAGCGAUUAUCAGCGUGAAUCAGCGCAUUGAAAAUGGUGGAGUACACGGCACCGUUUUCCACCUGAGCGCCCGCGCUGAAUAUCGCCACGCACCAGGAAGCCGACGGAGAUAGCGCGCAGGAUACCCGGUUGACAGGAAUACACACUCGGCGACUGUUCUCGGGACUGCUCUAGCUCAGUCAUGGAGGCGAUAGUGGAGUAUAAUUAUGUGGCGCAGGAGGACGAUGAGUUGACACUGAAGAAGGGUGACAUCAUCACUGAGAUCAAGAUGAUGCUCGGUGGAUGGUGGGAGGGCACUCUGAGGAACAAGCGUGGGAUGUUUCCUGAUAAUUUUGUUAAGGUAUUGGACCCCGGUUUCGCUAGCGGAAGCAACGGCAGCGAGACCGUAAGCAGCACGAAAUCCGACGAGAGUGUGACCCUGAGAAAUGGAGCCGGUAGACGUUUCUGCAAGGUCCUAUUCAGUUACGAUCCCUGUAACGAGGACGAGCUGACUCUAGUGCCGCAAGACUCCAUAGAAUUCUUGGGGGAGGUCGAGGAGGGAUGGUGGAGGGGUCGUCUCAGAGGCAGAGUCGGCGUGUUUCCCUCGAACUUUGUCUCCCCGCCAGCUCCCGAGGAACAGGAGAGGCACAAGGAGCGAGGAGAUAAAAAGGAGUUGUGCAGGGUGCUCUUUCCCUACGAGGCUGCCAACGAGGACGAGCUUACUCUGGUCGAGGGAGAUGUAAUCUCUGUCUUAUCCAAGGACGCGCCAGAUAAGGGUUGGUGGAAAGGAGAAUUGAAGGGACAAGUGGGCCUAUUUCCCGACAAUUUCGUCGAGAUGAUUGGUACGAAGAACGAGUCCCAGGAACAAGAGUCCCAAUGGCACGAAACAACGUCGCUGAGCGCGAAGUCGAGUGUUAGACAUUCCCAUCAAGUGAAAAAGGUCGAGAAGGCGCACGUUAGAAGAAGUCUGGACACCAGGAAUCUACAUUCAAGUAAUAUAUCAGAUCAUUUCCCCGUUAUAGACACCGCUAAGAAGGGCCUAUCCACACUGUCGUCCACCUCGACGUCGUCGUCGUCGUCAUUGACGGCUACCGGAAGCGGAAGCGGCGAUAAGAAGACGGCCGGCGGCCACUCGAUUAUAUCGAGCCUGAAGCGUCUCGUGAGCGACGUGGGGAAUAAUAACGGUAUCAGCGGCACGACAAGCACCGCGUCCGAGUGUCGCGAGGAACUGGACGGCGUGGAACGUGGGGAGGGCACUCCGCUCGCGCAUUUGACGGCCUCUCGCGCUAAGGCGCCACGGCGACGUCCACCCUCGUCGCAGCAUCUACGCCAUCACGCCGCCGGAACCGGGGUGAGCGCAUCCUCGACGCUGCCAGCCAUUUCCAGCACGGAAGACAAUCUGUCUAAUGGACGCACCGAUACCACGCUGGAGCAAAUACCUGACGAGGAAACGGACGGGCUUGCGGCGAAAGCGAGGAGAAAAGCACCAUGGGUCGAAGAAUUGAAGAUUAAUCAGGAGAAAAUGGAGAGGAGAAAAAUCGCCACGGUGGAUCGAGUCGACAAGGUGGAAGUUAAGAAGGAACGAAAUUUCUCGCGAUUGGCACAAGGAAAUGCCGUGGAUUCCGCUAACAAGCCGGAUACCGAUAACGAGGAUAAUAAACAGAAGGAUAAAAGCCCGAGAGCCGAAACGAGCCCGUCGCACGGCGAUCACAGUCCUAGCGCGUCCGAUAAGCCGGCCUACGUUCCGUAUGCUCUCUACAGCAAACUAUUGGAAAGGGUCGUCGCGUUAGAGGAGAAACAGGCGGCGUUCCAGGUGACAAUAGGACAGCUCUCCGAACAGCUCGUACCACUUCUCGCAAACGCAUCGGUUAACAACAAAGUAUAAUACGUAUGUCGGUGUUAAGGGGUGAGAGAAAUCAAUAGUACAUUUAUCUGCCCGUACUACCGUACCACUCUGUGCUGUUUUCUCAUUGCGUCAGUAAUGAGGAAAGAAAACUAAUACUGCU